GGUCGCGCUCUGCUCUCGAGGCUGAGUGGCUUGCUUGCUUGCCCGCCCCCUACCGGUAGUCAUCCCGCCGCCGCCAUGAAUCGCUUUCGUCCCCACCGUCCCUCCUUCUCUUCGCCAACACACCACCACCUGCAACUGUCGCUGUUCCUCCUCGUCCUCGCUGCCUUAUUCCGACCCUGUCUUUCUGCAAAAGUAAAGCUCCCAGAGCCCGUCCAGGUCCAUCCGGAUCAGGGUUUCGCCGGCAUCGACGGGAAAUGGUCCACGAUAAGCGUGCGCGCCGGCAGCUCCGAGCACGUCUCCAAUGUCCUGGUCUCCACCGCCAGCCAACAGACGUGGCUCGUCCAUGUCCUGGCAUGCCGCAAGAAUGAAACCGAUUCCGCCGGCCGUACUGUCGAAAAGGAAGAUGAGGCUUGCAACCUCAGUCGUGGCUACACCUUCAACAAAAGCGAGUCCACGACCUGGGUUAACAAUGAUUUCUAUCAGCUGUGGAUAGGGAAAACCAUAGGAAUCACGGCCAAUGGAGAAUAUGGAUGGGAUAGCAUUGGAUUAGGCAACAAAGGAGAGGAAACUGUCACUCUCAAAAACACCACUAUCGGCGCCCUCGUGUCUCCCAACUUCUGGCUUGGACAUUUCGGUGUCAAUCCGAAACCUACCAACUUCUCCACUUUCGCUGAUCCUAGCCCGGCGUACAUGUCGAUGCUUUUCGAGCAAAAACAAAUCCCGAGUCUAUCUUUUGGCUACACCGCCGGUGCCUCGUACUAUGACAAGCCGUUUUAUUCGAGCUUGACUCUCGGCGGCGUCGAUUCAUCACGUUUCAUACGGAACGAUCUAACCUUUGGGUUUGCUGCUGAUAACGAACGAGACCUUGUGGUCGGUGUGGUAGGCAUCAAAGCAAGAGGCUCCACCAAAUCCGACAUCGAUCUUAUGCCAAGCGAAUCAUUCUCCAUGUACAUUGAUUCGACCUUUGCCGAGCUUUGGCUACCGCUCGAAGUAUGCAACGCAUUCGAGAAGGCUUUUGGGCUCAAAUACGACAAUGCUACUAGCCUGUACCUGGUCGAUGAUCUCAUGCAUGAGGCGCUGAAGGCGGAAAAUGCCUCGGUAACCUUCACUUUCGGGCAAGAUUAUGCCACCAACACUACGAUUGAUAUCACAUUGCCUUACAAGGCAUUUGACCUGCAAGCUUCUCCACCCUACAGGAACGUGCAAACACCGACCAACUAUUUCCCGAUCAGACGAGGCACCAAAGAAGACCAAUGGAUCCUCGGAAGGACUUUCUUACAGGAGGCGUAUCUUCAAGUGGACUGGGAACGGUACAACUUCUCUGUGUCUGCUAUCAACACAUCGUAUAAUAAUCCACCGGAAAUUGUUCCAUACUAUUCGGCUCAGUACGGAACCGCCUGGCAUGCACAACCGAAGUCCAAACUUCAAACCAAGGAGAUUGUUGGCAUAGCUGUCGGUGCAGUGGUGGGUGUUCUGGUGGUUGUAUGUGGUGGGCUUGGGUGGGUUUGGCGCAGACGACAAAAGGCGCAGCGAGAAAAGAUCGAGGCCGCGUAUGCCGCUCAAGCCGUGGCAGCGGAUAGGAAGGAUUCAAACGAAAAUUCCGACUACAGGUCGUCGCCAAGCAAAGACGCCAAGACGAUGGUUUUCCAAAAGGCCGAGUUGCCAGCUGAUUCGGAAUACAGAGAAGGCGGGCUCAGCCCACUUGGGAGCCCAGGACUGCCAAGUCCGCUAGUUGAGGCGGGGAAUACGGAACGCCAAGUUUUUGAAAUGAUGGGAGAUGUGCCGCCGUCCUCAGAAGCCGGUGGACGUCAGCUCUCGGAGAAGGAAUCGAUGAUUGUGCGGGAAGCUAGGAUCAAUGGGACGGAUCCGAAUGGGCUUCCAGAAGUCUCUCCCACCACAGGAGACAGAAGACAGACGCCUGUCUCGUCGUCCGAGGUGACCAUGGUGGGUCGUAGGACACCGGUUUCGCCGUUGACGCCUCGAGAACCACCCGAAGGCUCGAGUUUGGAGGGCAGCGACACAUUUUUCCAGCCCCCGAAACCCCGGACGCCGCGUGAUGGGAGAUUCUUGGAGGCCGAGGAUUCGCUGCACUCGCCGCUCUCGCCCAUAUCUCCGAUGGAAGGGUCGGACCCAUCGCGACGGCGGUUUUCUUACGAGGCAUGA